GUCAUAUUUGUCAUUGUCAAAAAUUUCAUAUUUAAAAUAAACUGUUAAAAGUUGGUUAAAACGUUCAAACUACAGUUAUUUAUCUGUUUCAAAUAUUCACAUCUAUUAUGGCAACAAAUGAGAUACCUCUUCUUGAAGAAUCAGUAGUUAAACCACGGAAGGCGACUCGUCGGUCAAUAUUCGAUGUUAAAGAAUCUGAACAAAGUUCAAACAAUACUACCCUAGAAACAACAGUUUCCAAAGCUUCUCUAGAAGUUGAUCCUAUGUAUCCCAUUGAAUAUAUUGAAAAAGUUACGAAAGAAUGUUAUCAGUGGAAAACGUUAUAUAAAGAUACAAUAACAGAAGCACGACAUAUAAAAGCGCACGUAGAAGAGAGAAAAGCUGUGGUACUGCAAGAUACUAGUUUUCUUCAAGAAGUCAAAAGGCUGGACGCUCUGGAAGCAAAAUUUGAAGAUUAUCUAAAAAGAGCUCAACAUUUUUGUAACCAACAAAUAAUUGAACAACGCAUCAAUGAGUAACAUACAUAACUUGGGUGGAUUCCUCAAAAGAUUGAUUUGAGUACCUAAUAAUAAUAAUAAUUUUAAGUUAAUCCAUUGAUCUUCACAAUAAAAUAUACACCUCUGUAAUGUGCGCUGUUAUGUUGCUUUGAGUCUUUAUAAAUUUAUUAUAUAUUUACAUUUUUAUUUAUAGGUAUAUAAUCUAUAUUGAGUCUUUUUCUUUGUAGCAAAUGUGGGAGCUCGCUAUAUCACAAUGUUUUGCUUAUAUCUUGGAUCAUUCAUAAAGACGAAAUGGUCACAUGAUUUGCUGUUGAAUAAAAAACCCACAGUAUCAGUUCCAUUUAUGAAAUAUCAAAAUAUUUAAUUAAAUGUAAUAUCCCAUCCCAGUAAACAUGGAGACGUCAUAAUGUCGGCAUGUUUAGGGACAUUACUGAGGUACGUUGAGCAACAAAAAUGACGUUAUUGUGACGGUCAAAUAUCACGCCCAACUGACGUCAUAGUAUGUCGUAUAAAAGACCAAAUACAAAGUUGGUAUAAUGUCUACCAAGCCUUAUUGACCAAGUGGCAAUACUAACGUCCCUACUAAAUUGUACCACAAUGUAUCUAAAAGACGACAAAGCCAUCGCGAUUUCGGACAAACCGAUAUAAAUAUCAAAACAAAAUGGCCGAACCAUUGCCAACAAUAUUAUUGUUAGAAGAGUCAUAUUAACAUAUUUUUGAUCAAAGAAUUCCUGAUACUUUUUUAUAAAUAAAAAUAAAGUAUUUGGAUAUCUAGUUUACGAUACUAUUCAUUAAAAAUCUUUGUACGUUAGCGUGGAUUUUUUAGUACUGAAUGUCUUAAAAAAGACGUCAAAAUGACAGCUGCUUAAAGGACGUGUCGCUGUCAUAAAGUUGGCGCCACUAAAUACGUCAUUUUUUAGUCAAUGACGUUUCCGACCAAAAGUAACCGGAUAAUGACGUCAUUUUGGCGUCAUCAUGCUCACUGGGAUAUUUUAUUGCACAUUCGGAUAGUCUCUUCCUCAGGAAGAAGAUGACAUACCUUUUCUACAGUGUUUUGAUCUUGUUUGCUAAAGCUAAACCGCGUACAUAAAUGUGAAUCUGAUGUCUUUUUGGUAUUGGGAAUGAUAGAGGUGCCAAAGAUAUUUUUUACAUUAAAUUUUCCCCAACACGGUGGUCAAAAGAAGUUGAAAAUGAUCUAGAAAUCGCGAUACGAUAAUCCUUUCGGCAGAUAUUUCGGCCAUAAAUGGUUUUUUCGAAUUUUUUACUGGUUUAUCGCACUUUAACCAAUUUUAUUACUUUAAACUAUAUGAAAGGAUAAAUCGUUAAGUUCUCAGAUAUCUUUAUUUCUCGAUAAACACCAAUUGUCUCUUUGUGGAAUCUUUUAAACUUCAAAAUUUUUUACAUCAUCUUGUUUUAACUCAUCAUUCCGCCACUAGAUGAUGAUAAGUCGAUUAAAUCGAGCACAUCUCUAUAUUUACGUCUGUAACAUCUCUAGCUCAGGCAUUUGUCAAUGCCAUUUGUCAUUUGUGUCACUUUUUUAAGGCGUAGGGUGUAGCGUAGGCGGGAAAAGUUCUUCUACCUAUGAUUUUCCACUUGUUUGCUGUUGAAAAAGGAAGUCAAUUGGCAAUCGUGUUCUCCCUGAGCAUUUGUUAACAUAAGAAAAAAGUGUUUAGUGUCUUAACAGGUAAGUGUACGCGCUGAAUGUCGGCUAAUUCGAGCAAGAUGCUGUCGGCGUCUUUUAAGAAUGUAAUUUUUUUUUUAAUAAAAACACUUUUUU